CCUCCCCCUCCUGCACCGUUCCUAUUUCUUCUCUCUCGUCCUCCCCUCCCCCGUCUUCCUCUCCCUGACCUUCUCUCUCUACCCAUCUUAACUCCCUCCUUUCUCAUCCCUCACCCCCCCAUCCCAACAAUGGCCAACUCUCCUCACGGUGGUGUCCUGAAGGACCUCAUCGCCCGCGAUGCCCCCCGCCACGACCAGUUGACCGCCGAGGCGGAGAAACUGCCCGCCAUCGUGCUCACCGAGCGCCAGCUGUGCGAUCUCGAGCUGAUCAUGAACGGUGGCUUCAGUCCUCUGGAGGGCUUUAUGAACCAGAAGGAUUUCGACGGUGUCUGCGAGAACUGCCGACUUGCCGAUGGCAACCUUUUCUCUAUGCCCAUCACCCUGGAUGCCUCCCAGGAGACCAUUGAUGCCGGCAAGCUCCAGGCCGGCUCUCGCGUUACCCUGCGGGAUUUCCGUGAUGACCGUAACCUGGCCAUCCUGACUAUCGAUGACAUCUACCGUGCCGAUAAGGCAAAGGAAGCCAAGCUGGUCUUUGGCGGCGAUGCGGACCACCCCGCUAUCAAGUACCUGAACACCAAGGUUCAUGAUUUCUAUAUUGGCGGAAAGAUCGACGCUAUCAACAAGCUGAACCACUACGACUAUGUCGCCCUCCGCUACACCCCCGCAGAGCUGCGCAUUCACUUUGACAAGCUCGGCUGGAACCGAGUUGUCGCUUUCCAGACCCGUAACCCCAUGCACAGAGCUCACCGUGAGCUCACCGUCCGCGCCGCUCGCGCGCGCCAGGCGAAUGUCCUGAUUCACCCCGUCGUCGGUCUCACCAAGCCCGGUGAUAUUGACCACUUCACCCGUGUCCGAGCCUACCAGGCUCUCCUGCCCCGUUACCCCAACGGAAUGGCCGUCCUGGGUCUGCUGCCCCUGGCCAUGCGUAUGGGUGGUCCCCGCGAGGCCCUCUGGCACGCCAUUAUCCGUAAGAACCACGGUGCUACCCACUUCAUCGUUGGCCGUGACCACGCCGGUCCCGGUAAGAACUCCAAGGGUGAGGAGUUCUACGGCCCUUACGACGCUCAGCACGCCGUCGAGAAGUACAAGGACGAACUGGGCAUCGAGGUCGUCGAGUUCCAGCAGGUCACCUACCUGCCCGACACCGAUGAGUACAAGCCCAAGGACGAGGUCCCCGCCGGCACCAAGACCCUGGACAUCUCCGGUACUGAGCUCCGUAACCGUCUGCGCACCGGCGCUCACAUCCCCGAGUGGUUCUCCUACCCCGAGGUUGUCAAGAUUCUCCGCGAAUCCAGCCCCCCUCGUGCCAGCCAGGGUUUCACCAUCUUCCUUACCGGUUAUAUGAACUCGGGCAAGGAUGCCAUCGCCCGUGCUCUCCAGGUCACCCUGAACCAGCAGGGCGGUCGCUCCGUCUCCCUGCUGCUGGGUGACACCGUCCGCCACGAGCUCUCUUCCGAGCUUGGCUUCAGCCGUGAGGACCGCCACAAGAACAUCCAGCGCAUCUCGUUCGUUGCCAGCGAGCUGACCCGCGCCGGCGCUGCCGUCAUCGCCGCCCCCAUUGCCCCCUACGAGGAGUCCCGCAAGGCUGCUCGCGAGGCCGUGUCUCACCUGGGUGGCUCCUUCUUCCUGGUCCACGUGAACACUCCCCUCGAGUACUGCGAGAAGACCGACAAGCGUGGCAUCUACGAGAAGGCUCGCCGUGGCGAGAUCAAGGGUUUCACCGGUGUCGACGACCCUUACGAGACUCCUUCCAACGCCGACCUCACCGUCGACGUUUCCAAGCAGAGCGUUCGCAGCAUCGUGCACGAGAUCGUUCUCAUGCUCGAGACCGAGGGCUACUUCGACCGUCUGUAAGCGUGUUUAAAAUGGAUUAGGAAGCGUUUUCUUUUUUUUCUUUUGUUUAAUGUAUGGAUGGCGGACUUGAAAAGAGUUCAACGAAUCGGGUUAUAGAAUGUAUGCUUUGAAUUGCU